AACGGGAUGUAAAAAUCUAUUUCAUGUUUGCACAUCUGUAAGAAAGCGGAUGAAGUCAUUGGUGUGUCGGUGAAUUUAAAAAUAGACAGAACGACAAGAGAUUUGUGUGAGAGAGAGGUGAGUGAGAAGAGAGAGACACAGAGAGGGAGGGAGAGGGGGGAGUAAGUCUCAGCCAAAGAUCAAGAGUCUGCAGCAGAGAUACAACAGAAACAGAUGCACCUGAAAACAGCAAGUAUUUCACUACUUUUAAGGUAAAAUAACAUGUUUUUUGUGUUUGUGCAUGGCUAAUUGUUUUAGCUGUAAAUACUAAUAUAAGCUUUUAAUUUAAUGUUGCAAAAUGUAUAAUUUAUUAGUUUUAUUUAUUGAUUCAUCUUAUUUUAUAUUAAGCUUUUGAUGAUGAAAAGGAUUUAACAUAUUACAAAUUAUCUUAAAUAAACAGCCGAGUUGACGCUGAAUAUGUGUAGUCAAUACUACAGUCACAACCUCAUGUAGCAGCACAUGUCUUUAUUCAUGCAUGCUCUGUACACUUGCAUUGCACAUUGUUUUGUUUGUUGUUUUUGUUUUUUUGCUGUAUAAUUUUGACCAAACCGCUCUUGUCUAAGCUGAUUGUUCCCUUCAGUGUUAGCUGUGGUUGAGCACCAUAGGAAAUCCAUCAGUGUGCGUCACCUCUUUGCCCCGUAACCCGGGGGACACGCUGCUCUCCUCUGCUGCCGGACCCCAUCCUGAGUCUUCAUGGAUCUCAUGGAGUUGGGAGACACGGGCGGCAGCUGUGACGAGACCAACUGUGGCCUCGGGUCCGGCUUCAUAGAGGACUGCUCCGACCCAGACUGCCACUGGGACGAACCCAUGUUUGGACUGAAUGAACUAGUUUGCGUGACAGUGAUUUACAUUCCACUGAUGCUGUUUGGCCUCCUGGGAAAUAUACUAACAAUCAUGGUGGUCUGGCUGCGACCACACAUGAGAAGCUCUACCUACCUGUACCUGAGCAGCAUGGCUGUUAGUGACCUGCUCAUACUCCUGCUGCUGCCUCUGGAUCUGUAUAAGCUCUGGAGGCCCAGACCUUGGCCUUUGGGGGACCUAGCCUGUAAACUGACCAUGUUCCUCUCGGAGUGCUGCACCUUCUGCACCAUCCUCCACAUCACCUUCCUCUCCCUUGAGAGGUACCUGGCUGUCUGCUGGCCAAUCACAGCCAAGACACUGGUCACGCGGCGCAGAACUCGGACUGUCAUUGGCUGCCUCUGGGUGGGUGCAGCCAUCAGCGCCGCUCCAGUGUUGGCCAUGGUUGGAGUCGAAGAAGUUGGCGGAGAGGAGCUCAGCCAAUGGAGGGAGGACGGAUGGUUUACCAGUGGGGAAAGAGAACAAAGUGGAUUUAUAGUAGGUGGAGGAGAAAGAGGAAGAGGACACGUGGCCUCGGUGGAUGGAGGAUUAGAGGGAAUACAGUGGGGAGAAAAAGAGGAGGACGGAUUGGGUGAACGAGUUGGGGAGUUGAAAUGGUUCGAGGAGAACAAACCAGAAGAUGUAAAUGAAAGGAACCGAGGAGAAGGAGUCGAAGUUAAAGAUGAAAAACAAGCAGAUGGUGAAAGAGGAAAGAUGGAAUUUGAGGAAGAGCAGCAAAAUAAUGACAAGGAAGAUGAAGGACGUGGAAGAGACAUCGACAGGAGGGAGUGCCGGUGUACGCACUACGCCGUCACGUCCGGCCUAUUGUCGGCCAUGAUGAUUCUCUCAAACUUGUACUUCCUGGUGCCUCUAUGCGUUCUGGCACUGGUGUACAGCCUGAUUGGACGGACACUGUGGCUUCGUCCAAAAAACAGUCGUAGAGACCAGACUCACCGACACACCGUUAAAAUGCUCGGAGUGAUUGUCUUGGCGUUCGUCCUGUGCUGGCUUCCUUUUCACGUCGGUCGGACGAUAUUCUCUCUGUCUCUGGGCACCGGUACUGACAGCCAGGAAACAUAUGUGGACAAUUACUCACACCCAGACAUGAACACGCCCUCUGACGUCAGUGUCGACAGCACAGAUAUUAACAAUCACAAUCUGGGUGCAGACCACAGAAGCACAAAUACAACUACACACCACCUGGUGAAUAAGACAAGCAUGAACGAAACACCUGGUCAGACCUUGCCUAUCCACUUCUACGACGAUGAUGCACACACCGACUUCAACAACACAUAUUCACACCCGGACGCACACUUGUACUUUUUAUACUACCUUUCUCAGUACUUUAACCUGGUCUCCUCCGUCCUCUUCUACCUCAGCGCUGCGAUCAAUCCUUUAAUGUACAACCUGAUGUCAGCCAGGUACAGACACGCUGUGCACAGCCUGGUACACAAACACACUCACACACAGGCUUACCGCCUGCGCACACUCACAACUCGACACUCCACCACCACUUUGUAAGGAACGGGCACUGUCUGCACAGAUGUGGAUGCAUGCAACGGAUGCAAAAAAAUAAAAAAUGAAUGUUUUUUUAAUUGCGCUGUAAAAAAAAGAAGACAAUGUGAUUAUAAGAUGACAACUGUUACAUUGACUUCAGACAGUUCCAGUUGUUUCAAUGAUGGUUUUGAGGCACAGCACAAAUUUUGAUUUACCAUGCUAAGCUGUUAAGCUAUUAGCCUUGUUCAUUCAGAAAUAAGCAGCAAAUUGCAGGGCUGAAAAAUGAAAGUGUCAAAAAGUGCAGUUCCUCCAAUGGCCACUAGAGGUUGGCUCCAAAUGUGAGUCAAUCACCUUUGACCUCCAUGUUAUAAACGUCCAAAUCUGCAGCAGAAACAACCAUGUUUAGCACCUGGUACUGGGUCUUCAUAGCUAAUCCCUCUCAGUUCAUGACAUUAAUUGUUAUAUAACUCAUCUAUUUAAAUCAUACAUAGGCUUAAGUAAGUUGUAGUCAGUCGCUGCCAAGAUGGCGGCGCCCAGAGACGCUGCACUGAGCUUCAAAACCUUUUAUUUAUAACCAAUGGUCUAAAACUCUGCAUAUCGGCAUUAGUUACACUUACAUAACACUUUUUAUGUCAUUGUUAUGUGAUUAAUAUAAUUUAUUAAGUCUAGUAACAACGCAAACAUACGUUGUUAACACUGCUUCUAUCAAAUAUGACUUAACAUUUUUUUUACAGAAGAUACACUUCACUCUGUUUUCUCGCUUUCACCUAAUAUUCCAUCAUUGUUGUUAAAAUGUUAGUUAUAGCUGCUCAAAAUAAAGUGUAUGACAUGUGACGUGGACCCGAUUUGGGUUGAGAAAUGUGACUUAUCGCUUUUGUGGUUGCAUAAUUAGAAAACACAUGUUAAUAUAUGUAACGUAAUGAGUUGUCCAACUCUUACCUGGACACCAUUAUUAUUAUUAUUAUACUUCCAAAGAUAAAACAUUUGUUGGAAAGAAGGCAUCUUCCAGGACUUUAUUCUAUAUUAUAUAUAUAUAUAAUUCUAACAUGCUAACAAUUUUUGAGGCAUUUAAUGUGUAUGUAAAUACAGUUUAAUCACAGUAAAAGCAGCCUGCUGAGAAUAUACAGUAUAUCCAAGGAUGCACACACACACACAUACAUACAAACUGAACAGGGCUAUCAUUUUGACUGAUGUAGUUUCAUACAGGCUGAUGUGUUUUGAUGUCAUUUAUAUUACAUUACGUGUAGGGACAUGCCAGAUCCUGAUAUAAAAGACUUCUUUUAUUGUUAAGUAUUGCCUUUGUUAUAUCCGUUCAUCAUCACAUCUAUUACAUAAUUUUUUAUUUUUUAUUUGUUUAUUUUUUUGAGGGGGGGUUUCAAGGCUUUUAUAGUAAUUCUGUCUGAAAUGUUAAGUGGGUCACAACAAAUAAAGGUAUAUAUUUAUCUUAUCUUAGUUUAUCUGAUUCAGUUGGCGUCCUCUCAGCAGGAGACACGUUGAGUUUGGUGGACAGACUGGUCUUCAGCUGAGGGACAAUUGAUUGUAUCAGCAUCGGGGCCAUUUCUGUUUUCAGAUCAAGUCCUUUUUUAUAAAAGCCCCAAAUGUAAUAAAGAGAUUUACUUCUGUGCGACUGUUAUGUGGUGAUCACACAUAUAGAUACUUUUUUAUUUAUUUAUUGACUUUAUCUGCUGUGUAAUAAUAUAAAAUGUUGGCUUCUCAUUAACUUGUGUCUUCUGUUAAAAACAUGCACACAAACAUACUGACGUUACAUUGUAGGAAAAACUCAACAAACGUGAAUA